GUCUCCCGUAACAUGAAAUAUCGGUCUUGAAGAUGUGCAGAAUUGCAUCCAGCACAUCUGUCGCUUGGGAAUAAUCCCUACGGAAUGGAUGGGUUAUAGAGUCGGUACAUAGUGGUAGCCGGAGCGAUAUGGCUAGCAGUAUCAGCACGCAACUCAUAGAGGACCUGGAUAUUAAGCCUCUCAGCGGAAAAUUGGUCCCUUUAAAAACUAAAGGAGAACUAGAAGCGGAAACCGAUUUGAUUGAUGUUCACGUCGUCGCGGUCAACCCACGAAGAGCCACUGAUGUCGUUGCGCUCAUAAAGGAGACCUUUCCCGCAUCGCGAGAUCUCGAGCUCGCACAUCUCAGAGGUUAUACCAAAUUCACGUUACUCCCCGCUCAAUUGCGGUCGCGCUUUGAAGCGCUGAUCCCGGACGAGCGAGAAGAAGUCAUUCUGUCAUCUCUGAACGCGCACGUCGACGGCAAUGAAAAGCGUCCACCGGCAACGCCCUCCCCCCCGGUUGUUCUGACGUCGACUAUCCCGCGAAGCACGCCCAUCUCCGCCGCACAGGCGGCUGGAUGGUCUGAACAUUUCUGGCCGUGUGUCUACAAGAACACGAAUCCGUACGGGCCGCAUCCGAAAAUACUCAGCCAAAGCACCGCGAUCGUCGAUGCGGAUGCGCCCCGGUUUCUCGCCCUGGCGGAGCGUGCGGCGCAAGCAUGCCACGCUUCCAAUUCCGGUCCGUCUGUCGGAUGCGUCGUCGUCGAGCGACGGAAGGAUGGGAUUGCGGAGGUGGUUUCCGUGGCCGGUGAUGCCCGGUAUGGCGGUGUGGGUUCCGCGAAUUCGUGCGCGGGGAAUGUCAUGGCCCACGCCGUCAUGAGAGCGAUGGGCAUGGUCGCCCGGAAACGCUUGCGGGUGGAUGAAGAUGUUCAGGGAGCUGGGGAGCAAUCGGCAGAGGAGCAGAGUGCGUACAUGGAUCUCCCGCUCAACGAGUUGGAAAGCAAGUUCUUCGCUUUGGACAAUAUUGCCCCGCGCGGGUACCUCUGUUUGAACUUGGAGAUAUAUCUGACCCACGAACCGUGCGUCAUGUGUUCGAUGGCCAUUCUUCAUGGCCGAUUCGCGUCUUGCGUGUUCCGACGGGAACUACCCCUCACAGGCGCGCUAACAACAUCGAAAGGAAAGGACUCCAACUCCCUUGGUUACGGCCUAUUUUGGCACCAAGAGUUAAAUUGGAAGUUCUUUGCCUGGAAGUGGCUGGAUAGUGACGUAUGCGGCAUAGAAGACGACGGAUCCGGAGUUCAUGCUUAG